AUGAGCAUUUACUUGAUUUUAUACAAGUCUGCAUAUUUAUACACAUUGUACACUACUCUAUUUGUUUCCUUUCAGGGAGAUUUCAACGUGGUACUCGUGGGAUGGGCAAGAGGUGCGGCGUUUCCUGAUUAUGAACAGGCCGUGGCCAACACUCGCCUUGUCGGCGCUGAGAUCAAAGUUGUGGUGAACGAAAUGGUAGCCGAAGGUCUCAACCUGAACGAUGUCCACCUCAUUGGUCACUCUCUGGGAGCCCAAACCAGUGGCACCGCUGGAAAACUGCUCAAUGGACAAGUGGGGCGUAUUACAGGCUUGGACCCUGCAAGGCCAAGCUACGAGUUCUUGCACGAGGAUGUCAGACUAGACGCCAAAGACGCCAAAUUUGUGGACAUAAUCCACACAAACAGUGAAGCGGAACCUGAGGGUCAAAGGUAUGGCUAUGGCGUUCACCAAGAGAGUGGAACGGUCGACUUCUACGUCAACGGUGGACGCAAACAGCCCGGCUGUCAUGAUAUCUAUGUCUCUUCCAUUCUUGGUAGUUUGGUCGGAAAGCGCAGAUCUCUCGCGGACUUGUUCGCCUGCAGCCACGGCAGGUCCCAUCAAUAUUUCCUGGAGUCCAUCAAGUCACAGUGUACAUUCACCGCCUACAAAUGUGACUCAUAUGAGAAUUUUGAGACAGGCCAAUGCAAUAGCUGUGCCAACAACGCCUGCAACGUGAUGGGUCUAAACACUGACCCUAACAAGGCUUUGGGAAGUCUCUAUCUGGACACCAAUUCUACAAGUCCGUACUGCUCACAAACAGCCGGUCCUCUUUAUGGCAGCGAAUAGGCGGGCCGUGAAAACAGCGCGUCAUGCCCACCAGUGACGACUUUCACUGACGAAGGAGGACAGCACAAAUUUUAAUUCUCUAUGGCUUGAAGGACGUGCAAGUGUUCUGUGAGGCGACCAUGAAAUAGUAGAUCUAGUAGCUCUACAUGCAUUUCAUAUCAAGUACAGCCACAAAUACGUCUGCUAAUAAAUUGGA